GACCAAACCUGCCAAAAAUUAAAUUUUUUGCUCUUUUUGGAUUUUGCAGUGAUCAGUUUAUGUUUUUGGGGAUAUUUGCUACUCUAGACAUUCUUAACGAACAGUAAAUUUGUAUUUGAAAAAGAACAUAUCUAUGAAUUUGACACAAAUUGCCCUAUAUUUCAGCAUUAGAGUAAAACAUUUUCAGGUCAGUCUAGCUUUAGAAAAUAGCCUAUCACAAACCGGAAAUAUCUUCAGUCGUAGUCAUUAUUAUUACGAUAAGUCAAUCAUUUCUUGUUGUAUCUUUCGACGACAUUUCUUUUUUAGGAGUUAUGAUGAAAGUUCGUGUUAUAAUCAUAGAAUAUCAUUUAAUUAUAUUCAUCAUAUUGGACAAUAUAUAUUGAGUGAUCUUGCUGGUAUUUAUACAUGUGGUCUUUUAAAUGGAACAUUAAUUAUAAAUAAUGUUUUACAUGAUAUUUAUGGAUAUUUUUUGUAUGAUUGGGGUCUUUAUUUAGCUGAUGGAACUUCACAAUUAAUGAUAACAAAUACAAUUGUUUAUAAUACAGGUUCAGCUGCUUUAACUAUGAUUUAUGGUUUUAAUAAUACAUUUCAAAAUAAUAUUCUUGCUCGAUCAAGUAAUCAAAGUGAUGGUGCUCUUUCAUUAUAUCGUCGUGAAUCACCUAAUCAUUUAUCAUUUACUUUUCGACAUAAUAUUAUUUAUGAUAUUGUGAAUGAAAGUGGACGUUGGAUAUUUCAAGUUCAAGCACCAGAUCCAUUUUCAUCACCUUUUGUAAUUAUGGAUUAUAAUUGUUAUUUUAAUACGUAUGGAAAUAUGAUGAUUUUUGGUCUUGGAAGACUUGUUUUUAGUGAAUGGCAAGAAACGAAUCAUGAUAUGAAUAGUUUCAUAACAGAUCCACUUUUUAUUCAUGCUGAAAGUCAAUGUAAUUUUUUUAAUAUUAGUAUUGGUAGUCCAGCUGUCAAAAACCUAGGUUUUAUACCAAUUAAACAAUUAUUUCAAUGGAAGUCUGGAUGUUAA